UCCGGGGGAGAGUAGAUAUAGUGAAUGCGGGGUCUGGGGAGAGUGGAUAUAGUGAAUGCAGGGUCCGGGGAGAGCGGAUAUAGUGAAUGCAGGGUCCGGGGAGAGCGGAUAUAGUGAAUGCAGGGUCCGGGGAGAGCGGAUAUAGUGAAUGCAGGGUCCGGGGAGAGUGGAUAUAGUGAAUGCAGGGUCCGGGGAGAGCAGAUAUAGUGAAUGCAGGGUCCGGGGAGAGCGGAUAUAGUGAAUGCAGGGUCCGGGGAGAGCGGAUAUAGUGAAUGCGGGGUCCGGGGAGAGCGGAUAUAGUGAAUGCAGGGUCUGGGGAGAGCGGAUAUAGUGAAUGCAGGGGUCCGGAGAGAGCGGAUAUAGUGAAUGCGGGGUCCGGGGAGAGCGGAUAUAGUGAAUGCAGGGGUCCGGGGAGAGAGGAUAUAGUGAAUGCGGGGUCCGGGGAGAGCGGAUAUAGUGAAUGCGGGGUCCGGGGAGAGCGAAUAUAGUGAAUGCGGGGUCCGGGGAGAG